GGAUUAUAUGAACGUUUGAAAACAAAAAAACUUUCUAAAUUACUUAAACCUCCUAAACUUGAAAUAGAAAAAUUAGAUUCCAUACAAGAACAUUUCGUCAUUGCAUUAAUGAAUAAUAUAGACACACAAAUACCAAUGGCAACAAAUUUAAAAUAUUAUUAUGAACUUGUGUCAUUCCUUCUUUCUAUACAUAAUAUUUGGAAUUCGAUUAACUAUCAAGAAAAAAUGAAGGUUAGUGAAAAAACCUGGAGGAACGAUAUGAUUUCUUCAACAAUAAGGUUUUUAUCAAUUAAUAGUGGUAAAAAUGUUGUUAAAUUAAGUGAUGGUUCUGCAUCCGAAUCGACAAAAGAUCGUAACAACCAAUCUGGUGGUCCUUUGAGAUUCCCAGACUAUAUGUGGCUUUUCUAUAAUAAAGAAAAGCAAUAUAGUUAUGAAUUUUUAUUUGUAGAAGUGUCUUAUGGACCCCAUGCAGGUGGUGCUUAUCUGUCACAACAUAUUAAAGAAGAUAGAUCUCGACUGGCAAAAAUGGCAAAAGAGGGUUGGAACAGUAUUUUAAAUUUUAUAAAAGAAUAUGGGGAUGAAGAUUGUGUGAAAAUACUAAAUGAAUUGGAAAUAAUCACUAUCCAUGUGUAUACACCAAUAGAGCAUAUAAACCUUUCUUCAGUAUGA